AUGAAUCGAUCAAAUCAAAUCAAUACCAAACACCCUAUUUCAAAAUUCCAAGAAAGCUUAUGGUUCGAAUAUUGUCGGGAUCCCAAUUCCUAUAAUUACAAUAUAAUUUCGAUUGUUGAUGUGAACAAAACUAAAUCUAUUCAAGAAAUCGUUUUUUCUGCCAACAACUUGAUUUCAAGGCAUGCUCUUUUACGAAGUACCUUUCAUGAUAAAGACGACGAUGGGAAGCCCACAAAAUGCUACCGAAGAGAAUAUCCAGCGGAUCACGUGAAAAAUGGUGUUCGUUUGAUGAUGAUUCCCAUUGAAGAUAUAGAUAAUUUAGUUAAAAAACCUUUUAAACUUGAAAAGUUGUACCCUAUUCGAUUUUAUCUUUUUGUAGAUUCAAUCAAAUCAGAUUAUAAAAUCUAUAUUAUUUGCCACAAUAUCGUUGUUGAUGGUUUAGGCAAUUACAAUUUAUUGCUUGAUUUUCAUAAUUUGUUAUCCGGUAAAUCCUUGCCAAUGCUUAAUGGGACAACAUUCGACGAUUUUAUCACUCAACAUGAGGAAUGGCUUUAUUCAAACGAUUGUAAACCCAAACAGAAAUUUUGGCGUGAUCAAAUUAAUUCAACCAAAGAUAUUGAAUGGCCGAUGCAACUUUCUUCCGUUCAGCAAACUUUAGGCAAUAAACAAAGCAUACUUCAAUACCAAGUUUUUCAUAAUAAUGUUGAAGAAUUGAGAGCCUUAGGUCAUAAAUUUAAAGUUAGCUGGUUUGUGGCAAUGUUUUCAACCGUAUGGAUUACUUUAUCAUCAUUUGUUGAUUUAAAAGAUGCCAAUAUCUGGCUUCCAUUCUCUGCACGUUCUAUGCCAGUGAAUCAUGAUAAAAACGCAUUAUCUCAACUUGUCGGUCAUUUCGCUAAUCACAUGCCAAUUCAUCUAAAUAUUGAUACAUUUAACUCAAUUAAUUUGCGUUCAAUCAUUCAACAAAUAGCAAAAUUAAUAUCUACCGCAAAACAGAAUGAAAUGUAUCC